AUGAAAGUCAAAAUCAUCAGUGUACCCGUUUCCGAUCAAGCGAAAGCUUUCGCAUUCUACACAGAAAAAUUGCUCUUUGUAAAGAAGCAAGAUGUCGAAUUCGAUGAUGGCAAUCGAUGGUUGACGGUUGUUUCGCCAGAUGCACUGGAUGGCCCAGAAGUCUUAUUGGAACCAGCCCCCCUUUCCUUUGAACCAACCAAGACCUAUCAGAAGGCAGUGUUUGAGGCAGGGAUUCCAUGGACGCAAUUCGAUGUGGAAGAUUGUCAAAAGGAAUAUGACCGAUUGGUGGAACUGGGCGUCGAGUUUUUCACCGAACCAGAGGAAAUGGGACCAGUCAAGAUUGCUACUUUCAAUGAUACCUGCGGCAAUAGGAUUCAAAUAGUUGAAGGUUUGAGUGACGAAAGAUAG